AUGUCGGACAACAGGUUCACCGUUUCGACAGUUGAGUCGGAAUGUAAGAAGAAUGGAAUUCAUAUGGGUGCGAGUAUUAUUGGCAGGCCGCUACGGACCUCGUUGGAGACGGUGGAACGAGGGGAUCCCAACUCACAGUCUGAUACAUGGCUACACGAUGCUGGCUGGAGGAGAAAACGAUCGUUGGCCCAGCUUACUAGAGAAGCAUUACCGCGAAUGGAGAACUAUAGGAACUCAAAGCGAGCUCUUAAAAGACCAAGUUUAGGCGAAUUACAUGGAGAUCAUUUGAUCACAGAAGAGGACGAGAAACAAUGUCAAAGAGAAACAAAAUCACCGACUCCGGCACACGGCAUCAAACUAGGAUGGAUUCAAGGCGUGUUGAUACCAUGUCUGCUGAACAUCUGGGGCGUCAUGUUGUUCCUGCGUAUAUCGUGGGUGGUGUCGCAGGCCGGUAUUGGCCUCACCCUCAUAAUCAUCGCCAUAUCAGCGGUCGUGUGCGUCAUCACCACCCUCUCCAUGAGCGCGAUAUGCACCAACGGGGAGGUGAAAGGAGGUGGUAUAUACUACAUAAUAUCAAGAUCUUUGGGUCCUGAAUUCGGUGCGUCCGUUGGCAUUAUAUUCGCUUUCGCCAACGCAGUAGCUGCUAGCAUGAACACAAUAGGAUUUUGCGAUUCUCUAAACGACCUCCUCAGAAUACAGGGAGUCAAAAUUAUUGACAAUGGAGUGAAUGACGUCAGAAUAGUUGGGGCUGUAGCGUUGGUUGUGAUGUGUAUAAUCUGUGCUGUCGGCAUGGACUGGGAGAGUAAGGCACAGAAUUUCCUGAUCGCCAUUAUUGUUGGAGCGAUGGUGGACUUCAUAGUAGGGACUCUGAUGGGCCCCAAAGACGCGAGCGAUGUUGCUCAUGGCUUCGUAGGGUUGUCAGCGGCAACCCUAUCGGAGAACUUCAAUCCAGACUUUCGGUUCAGUGAGGGUCUUCACCAAGACUUCUUCAGCGUCUUCGCAAUAUUUUUUCCUUCAGUCACCGGUAUACAGGCCGGUGCUAACAUCUCUGGAGAUUUAAAGGAUCCAGCUUCCGCCAUUCCCAAAGGUACUCUUCUAGCGCUGCUAAUAUCGAUGGUGAGUUACGCGCUCAUGGUGCUAUUUUCUGGCGGAGGAGCUUUGAGAGACGCGUCAGGGAACAUCUCCGACCUGAUCAUGGCCAAUGGAACUAUUGUCAACUACACCGGACUAUCGAAUUGCGUGAAUAGCUUAAACGGCUGCGGCUAUGGCCUCCACAAUAGUUAUUCCGUAAUGCAAUUGAUGUCAGCAUGGGGACCUCUUAUUUACGGUGGUUGUUGGGCGGCUACUUUAUCGACUGCUUUGACCAAUCUCCUAUCAGUGCCUCGUUUGAUCCAAGCGCUUGGAGUAGACCGCAUCUAUCCUGGACUUAUCUUCUUCUCAAAGCCUUACGGCAAACACGGAGAGCCUUACAGAGGAUAUGUGUUGACUUUCAUCGUAUCACUGAUGUUCUUGCUUAUAGCUGACCUCAAUACGAUCGCUCCUCUCAUAUCUAACUUCUACCUAGCGUCGUAUGCUCUCAUCAACUUCUGUACUUUCCACGCGGCCCUCGUGCGUCCUUUAGGCUGGCGACCUACAUUCCGGUACUACAAUGUCUGGCUAUCAAUGAGCGGUUUCCUAAUGUGUGUGGCUAUCAUGUUUCUGAUAAGUUGGAUUAUGUCUCUUGUGACAUUCGCUGUAUUCUUCACUCUGUACCUCAUAGUACACUAUCGGAAACCUGAUGUCAAUUGGGGCAGCAGCACCCAAGCCCAAAUGUACAAAACAGCGUUAUCAAGCGCCCAUAACUUAGCAAGAACUGGUGAACAUGUCAAGAAUUACUGGCCACAGCUGUUAGUUCUGGCUGGGAAACCGUCUGAUAGACCAGCCUUAGUAGACCUCGGCAAUCUCAUCACGAAAUCCGGCUCUCUCAUGAUGAUUGGUGAUAUAUCACAGAAAAAGCUAAGCUACAAGGAGCGUGUACAUCGCUCGCGGUGUGGUGACGAGUGGUUGAGAGGUCGCAAGGUCCGCGCGUUCUGUACCUCUGUGAAUGGGUUCAGCUUUGAGUCUGGUGCGAGGGCUUUGAUGCAAGCGGCGGGCGUUGGAAGACUGGCUCCCAACGUGCUGCUCAUGGGGUAUAAAGCCGAUUGGGCCACAGCACCCGCUGCCGACUUGGAAUCAUACUUCAAUGUUUUACAUACCGCAUUUGAGACUCGUCUCGCGGUGGCUAUAGUCCGAGUUGCCGGCGGUUUGGACUAUAGUGCUGUAGAGGGGCAGGGAGAGGGAGGAUUGGACGGGCAGGGGGAGGGGGGAGCCCUUACAGCCACCUCCAGUGGUAGCGGAGACCUCAGGAUAAAGAGACCACAAGCACAGAUAAUGCACGCGGACUCAGAUCUUGAUAUACGAUCUACAGCGACCACUGGCUCACAGCCUUCCAGCAGACAUAACCUUAAUCUAUUGACUCUUACAACAUCGCGUUCAUUCACGAUAUCAGAGAAAAGUGACACCAAGGAAAAGAAAAAAGACAAGAAAUUAUUUGAUAUUCAGCGACAAGUCAUCUACAAGUCAUCGUCUGGUGUCGAAGUGUCUAUGGAACAGUUGUCACAGAUGACGCUGUUCAAGAGGAAACAGGAAUCAGGUACGUUGGAUGUAUGGUGGUUGUAUGAUGACGGUGGUCUAACAAUUCUUCUGCCGUACAUCGUGUCUCAGCGAGCCGCUUGGCAGAGAUGCAAGCUGAGGAUCUUCGCUCUCGCUAACAGAAGACACGAGAUGGAACUAGAGGAGAGAAAUAUGGCCAACCUGUUAGCUAAGUUCCGUAUAGACUACUCCUCACUGACCAUGGUGCAAGACAUCAUGGAACCGCCGCAAGCUGAGACUAAGAAACUGUUUGAAGAUAUUAUAAAGGGUUUCACGGACGGGAAAGGAGAGUGCAGCAUCCCUCAGUCGGAGUUGUCAACCCUAUGUGAGAAGACUCAUCGUCAAUUGAGACUUCGGGAACUCCUUCUCGCUAACUCCUCGAACGCUCAGCUGGUCGUAAUGUCCCUACCCAUGCCUAGAAAGGGUUCCGUAUCAGCUCCACUGUACAUGGCGUGGUUGGAAGUAAUGAGUCGCGACCUCCCGCCCAUGUUGUUCGUGAGAGGCAACCAGACCUCUGUGCUCACAUUCUAUUCAUAG